UUGGGCUUGUCAAGGACAAUGACGUGAAACUAAUAAAAGAGGGUUGGUUGAUUUUCAAUUGUAACUGUAAUUUGCUAUUCCCAUGAUUCCAUCAUGAAUGAGGUAUAGAAGGCAUGCAGAACGACCGUCAACAGCCAUUGUAAAAUCAACCCACAAAGAAUACACCAAUCACUCUGCUCUGGAUGUCCCAACAAUGAGGCCUGUCUGAGCCGUUUUUUUCUUGAUUCAGCGAACUUCACCAACAUUCCAGCUUGAAGAUGUCUGGUUCUUCAGGGAAGUGUCAUCUGUGGCGCAUGAUUCAGGCAGCCCUAGAUGCAGCCGAGUUCUACCAGCCUCAUCUUGAACAUCUACAACAUAUUCCUGAGGAUGAGGAGAGUAUCACCCUAGCGAUGCAUGAUUCACUUGUCGACAGACUACGUAGUUGGAAUCGUUUCUACGCACUAUCGCCAGAAACGUUCUUCUUGGCAGUCAAUACAUUGGAUCGUUUUCUUUCGCUUGUGAAGGCGAGACCUCAUCACUUAAUGUGUGUCACCGUAGCAAGUUACUACCUCAGCGUUAAGAUAGUAGAACAUUCACAGGACGUAAUGUCUCCAGAGGAUCUGGUCCGCAUAACUCAGUGCGGCUGCACCAUCAGCGAUGUCGCAAGGAUGGAGAAUAUCAUCUUACAGAAGCUCGGCUGGGACAUGGAAGCACCAACCACGCUCUCCUUCCUACAGCUCUUCCACGCCUACUGUGUCGUCUCGGACACUCUUGGUGUGGACACUGGGAAACAGACCGACCAUUUAGACAUCAUAACCAGAAAGCUGGAGGCGUGUAUGUGCCACUUCCCUCUGACACUGUUUAAGCCGUCCAUACUAGCGAUGUCGUUGCUAAUCUCAGAGCUACCAGAGUUCAUCAACACCAGUUGUGAUGUCAACAACUCAGUGUCAUGGUCAAGGGUACUAGCGAGCCUACAGUUUGCUAUGAAGAUGUCUGACUGUGAGUUUUUGGAGUGUCAGACAAUCUUAUCUGAGUUCCUCACGUCCUACUCAUCCCCCGAGUGUAAGAGGCCAACGAGCAGACUAAGUUGGAUCAUCUCCUCCAGGACGGCGAAGCAGCUCCGCUUCACUGCUCAUCUCUCAAGCACCCUAGAACCCAUCCCUGAACAUGAUUGGAGUCUGAGCUCCGACGCUAUGGACCAGUCUGAUAGUUUGUUGGACAAUACACAAGAAUCUAAUUCAUUUCAAGAAAAUCUGAUGAUCCACAGCCAACUUCUGGGACAGGCUGAUGCAACAGCGCCCUCUGUUGGCACAAACAAAGACAGGUGUCAUCUUUGGGAGAAGGGAGUUGUAUUCAGGUAUCAGAGUGAGAAGAUAGCUUUAUGUCCACUAUUUGAUAACCAUGUAACCAGGUGAUGGAGGAUCGACCUCUCAUUGAGGUCAU